UUUUGGCCUGUUGUAAUCUAUACCGUUGAUUUAAUUUCAGAUGUAUGUGACCGUCCGAUGGUAACCCUAAGGCUCGUAACGCAACAAGUCAUCGCCGUCACCAGGAAGUUGUCGAGUUCUAUAUAUUGACAAAUCUGGAACGAGAUAAUUAGAGACGUCACACAAACUUCGUUGAGUCUCGAGAAUUCCCUCUACCGUCUGCAUCUUUGCAUCAGGCUAAUACCAGAGAAUUGUUGCGAUUUGGGGUGAUUAAUUGAUGAUAGGGUUAUCUAUGUGAUAGGAAAGUGCGAUAAUGGCGGGAGGAGGAAACUUCAUUGCCAGAGUCGUUUCAUACGUUGCAAACGAGCUCAUAGUUAAUGGAUUGGCUAACAGCCAUGCUUUCCAGAGAUUUGCUGUGAGGACUUCGAAAAAAAUAGAAAACAUCUCAAAAAUGGCUGCGGAGAAUAAGGAGAGAGUCGCUCAGCAGAUGGAAGAGAUUUCCAAGAACAUGGACUCCUUCAAGAAACAGUGAUAAAUUUCCCCAAGAAUCACCGAAGUUGUUAAUUACAUGGGUUUGUUUUAUCUUUUGUAAAUAAAGAAAACGUUGAGUGUAAUAAUAACCUUGUGGAUCAAACAUUCUGUUUUUAUUAACCAAUUUCUGAACUUUUUUUAAUUCCGGUUGGGUCUUUACUUUUUUGUAAAUUGUAAGAUAAAUUUGUAUCAAGACAAAAAAUACUGUUGCCUAUGCACCGCUUAUUCUUAUCGGAGUGGGAGACACAAACUAUAUGUUCGUUAAAUCUAGAUAAUGUGACAUGAGACAAAACUUAC